ACAUCUUGAUCCUCCACUUAUCUUUCUUAUCCAAACAUCACCUCUGAUUGAGAACUUUCAAACCCUCAAGAUGCUUAUUCUCCGUGCUGCAUUCAAGUCAAGCCAUUUCCCGCUUCUUGUUAGGCCAGGCGUGAAUAGUUUGGCGGGCAGGAAUAAGCCUAUCGGUGGGGUCUCCCCAUUCACUUUCUCGGCCUUUGCUUGCCGACCUCACACCCAGGAAGUGCCGUCGUUUCCAAAAUUUCAUGAAUAUUCAACAAAACCGGAUAUGCCUAUUCGAGUGCCUCUAACCCCAGAUAACGAAACUGCACGCUUCCAUCGUCAUGAAUAUGUCCCUGAAGUCCAGCCUCCGCACAAGCCCGUGAUUUUCACAAUCAAUGAAGAUCCCGCCGUCGUUUCUUCGGAGGGCAGUGCUAUCUUGGGCAAUGCUGACGCGGAGGUUUACAUCAAGCAGAUGAACCCUGAUGUUCCGGAUAUGCCCAAGAGUGAGAAGGUGGAGUUUUAGUGUCUUUUUUUCCUUCCUUUUCUUUUUGGUUUUGAGGCGUUCUGUUUAUUCAUUUCUACUAUGACCGUAAUCAGGAAAAAAGGUUAAAAGGAUCAAAGGUUGGGAAAAAACAAGCAAAUGGGGAGGUUCAACUUAUGAUUUACGAUUAUGUUGCCAAUGAUUUUAGCUGCGGUAUUAGUUAUUGAUUAUGUUGGACACUUUA